GGGGAAUACAACAGCGACACCAGUCGUCUUUUUUUUAAGCCUUUCUUAAAAAAUGGCGGCAAUAUAAGGACCUGGCCGAUAGGUCGGUUGUAACCCGGAAGUGCCCUGCUAAAGAGGAGGCGGUGAGACAAUCCGGAAGUGGGAGUAAUGAAGAGGUGCCACUUGGCGGCCAUGGCAGCUGUAGUAUUGGCGACUCAGGGUCAGGGCCUGGCUGAGGGAAGUACCAUGGGUAGCACCGGGUGUAGGGCAGAGACAGCAUCGUGUCGACUUUGCUGUUGAAUCCUCCGACCCAAGUGAGAGACUUGCAGGACAUCUUGCCCGACUCUAGACUCGGAAGGUAGUUUGCUGGGACUGGUGGGCUGGUCCCUUCCCUGGGGGCGUAUCACCUGCGGUGCCACCCCUCGGAACAGGUACAGCGUGCGAAGAAGACACUUGGCUUUACCCCUCUUUCCUGCUGCUACCAGGGACCUUGUCUAGGAGCGGGUCGUCGUGUCACUCUCAUUCCGACGAUUGAGGUCUCUUUCCGCACAAUUUCUCCAUCUGUGACCGACCGGAAUCUCAGUGGCUGGUAACCGAGUACCUAAGAUUGCGCGAAGUUUUCUCUGGUGCUAGAGUCAGCAGAAGGAGCUUGCUUCUUAAGAGAGUGGCGUGCUUCGUGAACACCCCGGCUGGUGGCAAGGCUGAAAGAAGUGGGCAAAUUCCCGUUUGCUUGGAAGACCACACGUUUAAACAGCCUAAGCGCCUUUCGAAACUGCGGGAAUCUUAAAGCCUGGUGGUAGAGGGUGACUACAGGAGGGCAGAAUGGAUGACUUUCUCUCCAUUAGUCUGCUGUCUGUGGCAAUGUUGGUGGGAUGUUACGUGGCCGGAAUCAUUCCUUUGGCUGUUAACUUCUCAGAGGAGCGGCUGAAGCUGGUGACGGUGCUGGGUGCUGGUCUUCUCUGUGGGACUGCACUGGCGGUCAUCGUCCCGGAAGGGGUGCACGCACUUUAUGAAGAGGUUCUGGAGGGGAAGCACCACCAAACCAGUGAAAUGAAGCAGAAUGGGAUUGCCUCAGACAAAGCAGCAGAAAUAUCAGCUGUCCAUGAACAUGAGCACAGCCAUGACCACACACAGCUACAUGCCUACAUCGGUGUGUCCCUUGUAUUGGGCUUCGUUUUCAUGUUGCUAGUGGACCAGAUUGGCAGCUCCCAUGUGCAUUCCAGUGAUGAUCCAGAAACAGCAAGGCCCAGCAGUUCCAAAAUCACCACCACCCUGGGGCUAGUCGUCCAUGCUGCAGCUGAUGGUGUAGCUUUGGGAGCAGCAGCCUCUACUUCACAGACUAGUGUCCAGUUAAUUGUGUUCGUGGCAAUAAUGCUACACAAGGCUCCAGCAGCAUUUGGGCUGGUUUCCUUCCUGAUGCAUGCUGGCCUGGAGCGGAAUCGAAUCAGAAAGCACUUGCUGGUCUUUGCAUUGGCAGCACCAGCCAUGUCCAUGCUGACGUACUUAGGAUUAAGUAAGAGCAGUAAAGAAGCCCUUUCAGAGGUCAAUGCCACUGGAGUGGCCAUGCUUUUCUCUGCCGGGACAUUUCUUUAUGUUGCCACCGUCCAUGUCCUCCCUGAGGUGGGUGGAAUGGGGCACAGCCACAAACCUGACACCACUGGAGGGAGAGGCCUCAGCCGCCUUGAGGUGGCAGCCCUGGUUCUGGGUUGCCUCAUCCCGCUCAUCCUAUCAAUAGGACACCAGCAUUAACCAUUCAGGUUCCAGCCUCAGUCCACGGCCAUUGCCAUCUGGGAAGAAGAGCAUACGUGUGAUGCUCCUCACUUCCUCAGUGUCCUGUCUCGCCUCGCCCAUCUCCACCCGUGUUUCUAGAGUCCGAGGGAGAUGAGAGUCAAUCGUGGAGAAGUGGAACAGCGUACAGCAGGAACAUCAGAAUUAGACAAAGACUUUGUGUUGUCUUUUAAAGGGACUUUGAUAUAUUGAGUUUUGAUGUUUCUCUUAACCCUAUUCUCAGGGAAGAUGGAAUUUAGUUUUAAAGAAAAGUGGAGAACUUCAUACAGUGAGAUGGUAAUUAUGAAACUGCAGUGUUCUGUAAUUAAGCUAAAGUUUUUCCCCUUAGUUUAGAGGCUCUGCCAUUUUACCCAUUGGUUUUUAACAUGGUUCUCACCAUGUAAGACUGGUGCUUUAGCAUCUGUGCCACAUGCCAUGAGAGAUGGUGGGAACACCCAUCCCUUAGAUGCUAAAGAUGAUGGCAACUAAUUUGAGGUUAGAAUAAGGAAAAUAAGGGCAGGAGACAUAAGCUGAACUGAACCCAAAAAAGAAACAUCCAUCAAAAGAGGUGUUUAGAGUCUUCAACAACUCCUUUGCACGUGCCUCCCUAAAUAAAGCCUGCCCUUCCUUCUAAGGGACUGGCUUUGGAAGAGGGGUCUGUUAUCAUAUAGCAUUUUUUAAAAAAGUGUCCUUUGUAGAGUACUUGUCUACAGCACACUCUCAGUAGCCAGGUUCUGUUCAGGCCCAGGGUUUCCAUCAAGAACAGUGUGAUCACAGAGAAAUUAAGGGAUGUUCAUUUUUCUGGGAAUUUGGAUAGUUACUGACAUCUUGUAGUAACCUUUUUAAAAAGUAACACUAUUACAAAGUAUGUUGUCCUUUUCUUCUAAGUUGGUGUUGGUGGUUCUCAACCCUCUGAAGGCUGCAUUCCUUAAUACAGUUUCUCAUGUUCUGGUGCCCUCCCAGCCAUAAAAUUAUUUUGUUGCUACUUCAUAACUGUAAUUUUGCUACUGUUAUGAAUCAUAAUGUAAAUGUCUGAUAACAGGAUAUCUGAUAUGCCACCUUUUUGGGUGUUGUGACUCACAGGUUGAGAACUGGUGUUCUAAGUAUUUCUUUUAGCAGCCAGCAGUCCCUCUGACUGAGCCCUUGCCCAGGGUGGAGAGCGUUUCUUCCUUCUCCUUAGCUCCUGUGCAGGAGACGGUAGGGCUGUAUCAGGGGGAGUAUCCGCUGCUGGCUGGUCUCAAUCUCCUUGCAAUCAUGUCUGCAUCCCACUCUUCCCUGCACUCCCCCUGCUCCCAUUGUGUAGUACUACUGCUCCUGGUGAUGUCAGUCCUUGUGUGAGGCGGAUUCUCACUACUUGAACCAUGAUGAUGAAGACAGCACUGUCUAUUCUUCAUUUCCUGUAACUAAGUUACCUUUGUGUCGAGUACAACCUUAUUACGCCCUCAAAAAUGUCACCUCCUGGUGUGAGUUGAUACAGUCACUAGUACUCUGAUAAUUUAAGCAAUUGAGACAGCAAAAGUAUUCAACCAAGGUAAUUCUUCCAUGUUUGCCAAACUCUGAAUAAAUCCUAGUCAGAGAUAAGUGUAUAAUACUGUAUUUAUAUUUUCUGUACCAUUUCAAAAACACUUUACAUAAAGAGGAGCCAAGACUAGUUUCUUCAGGUCAGUGAGUGCAGUCAUUUGUAUGACAUUUCUAUGACAUCUAUGCCAGCAUGCCUGUAGUUUUCUUUCUUUCUCUCCUAAAUUGUCACUAGGUCAGCCAGCAGUUUUGGGAUUAAACAUGUGUGCCCUCUGCUGGCUGUAGUGAAGAAAGCAGAAAUGGGAUGCAGUUCUGUGUGGAGCUGGUGACCAUUGCAUCCCAUGCUAAAGUGUUAAUGUGUGCAAUAUGGGGUAUGGGUGGCUCUCUUGAUUUAGGCACAAACAGGUGACUCGGAAAGGUUUGGCCUCAUCUAGUCCUUCCAAAGUACAGAUGUCUUGAUCUCUCUAGAAGUUCCCUGUGUCUGGUUUGAUUUGGGUAGACGUAGCUUCUGUCAUCUCGCUCUGUGCAGUGGUCAGAGAUGUUGUGCUGGCCAGAGCCUCUUAUGUUCAGCAGUGCCUUGCCAUCUCACUCUAAGUUUGGCUAGAAUAUCAUGUUGGGUAGGGCCUUGGACUCUGGCAAGGACUGAACCAUCAAACUUCCAAAUCUGCCUUCCCCUCCGGGCCUCAGUCAUAGUGAACUUUCCAAAGCUGGGGCCUUUCCAGGCCUGGAGCUAUUGCCUGUGGACAGUGCAUCCCUUCCCUGCCCAGCAGGCUCAGAUAGCCAUGUGACUCUUAAUAGGGCUCAAAUGCAUUAGAGGCGGCAGGAACCAUGCAUAGGCCUCUGUUAGUUGGGGGAGGUUGCUCAUGUGGCAGACAGUGCCCCCAGAGCAGCCACCUCGGUCACUCCACAACACGUUUCAGUUCCAUUUUCUUCCUCCUUAAGCAAGACUCCUUCUGGAGGUGUGGAUGCCUUAAUGUGCAAACACAUUUGAACACAUUGGUGAUACUUAAGCUGCUGCCACAAUUACAAGUGGAAUUAUGGGCUACCAAAGAAGCAACUGAUGAAAAGCAUGGGCCCUCCUUCCUCAUGACCAAAGCCAUCUUAACUGGGAUUGGAGUCCCUUUCUCCCAGAAUCUAGAUGGUCUUCAGAUUCGGAGCACCCUCCUCUCCCCAGUUCCCAGUGUUGCCAGUCUCUAAGUCAGCAGGGCAGUGAUGUCCCAUUUGACUCUGCUUUCUGUGUGCACUGUUGCCAGCUUGCAUCCUUACAAGCAGACUUCCCAGCCUGGACAUGUCAGCAGUUGGAACGGUACUACCCACUGAGACAGUGUUCUCUCCCCUGCUUCACCUCAGUCCUCAGAUUCUCAGUUCAGAAGAGCCAGUUCUACUGACCUGGGGGUUGGAUCAUUAGAAGAAAGGGUCUGUUCUUAUAGAAAGGGAAAUAGAACUGGCUGGUUCUGUUUUCAAGGAUUAGAGAUGGGAGGGACAUAGCAUUGACAGAGUGUUGUUGGCCCUGCUCCUGCUCCUCAUGCUAGUGAAGUUCUGAACAUGGGACUAUAUGUCAAUAGCACAAGCCUCUAAGACCCUCCUGUCUUUUUUUGGGCCAGAGCCCCAGACCAUUGCAUCACAGUCAUUCAGCAAGAGAGUCCUUGAGGCAGACUUCUGUUCAGUGCAGAGUGGGACUCACCCCUGAAGAACACUGGUCGAGAUAUUAUACAACUGCAACCCUUUUCUACUUGAGACAUCGAAGUUCAGCUCAGGAGACCUGAAGAUGGGGGCUGGUGGGAAAGGACCAGCAGACAAGUAGGACUUCUUUACAUGUGUUCAGUCCCCCACAGUAGCUAAGCACAGAGACUGGCUUUGCUCUCUGUCUCGUGUGUCUUCCUGUAAACUGGGACUCUAAUGGGAUGGUAACACCACCAUUCCCCUGGUUUGGUGGCCUAAACAGUGAUUUUUUUAAAGUGUCCCCUUUUCUGGAUCCUUUGUACACAUAAACUCAUUCCAUGGAUGGCUGCCUUAUAAUUUUGUGUCUUUCCACUUUAAUUGUGAAUGGUUUAAAAAUUGCUGUUUUCUGAUUUGUUUUAUGAUAUUAAAUUUUUAUUAGCGCAUACCUUA